AUGAACGGCGCUACCAACGGCAACGGCGCCGCACAUCUGCCCUCGAAGCAGAAAGCGGCGCAGUUCGACCCGAAGACCAACACGUUCGCUCACGGCGACGUGUCCCGUGGCGGCUCGACCGAGGAGAGAAUGCUGACGUUAGCACUGGUUGAGAUCCCAACCAUCAAGUCAGACGAAAUCCUAGUCAAGGUCCAUGCCGCCUCGUUAUGCCACAGCGAUCUGAUGCUGUUCGAGCCGAACGAUCAGGGGCUGGUACUAGGCGAAGCUGGGCCGUUUACAAUGGGUCACGAAGCCUGCGGAACCGUUAUAGAAACCGGCAGCGAAGUCAAGGGUUUCAAAGCUGGUCAGAAAGUCGGCUGGCUACCUAUCGUUGACUGCUGCUUCGACUGCGAGGAGUGUCAGAUUCACAAUUUGUAUUGUGAACGUGGGACUUCUAAAGUGCAGGGUAUGACUGUUGAUGGCUACUUCCAGCAAUAUUGCGCAAUUGCCUGGCGGAAUGCCGUACAUAUUCCGGAGGAUAUGGAUCUGGACUCUUGUGCUCCCCUAUUUUGUGCCGGCUGUACUGCGUUCAAUGCUGUCACGGACACGAUAGCAGAGCUCAAAGGCGAGCCUGGAUCAACAUGGAUUGCGGUUGUCGGUUGUGGCGGCCUAGGUCAUCUUGGCAUACAGUACCUCAAAGCAUCUGGAUACAAGGUCAUCGGUAUUGACCUCUCGCCAGCAGCGCUCGAAGAGGCCAAAUCCCUAGGAGCGGACCACGUUUUCAGCCCGAAAACCGAUAGCGAUUACGUCCAGCAAGUCCGCAAGAUCACAGGCAAAGGCUGCCAUGCCGCAAUUAACUAUACCAACUCUGUGCAAGCCUACACUUCUUCACCAGACUUGCUACGCAUGAACGGUGUCCUCAUGGUGACCGGCAUACCGCAGAAGCCUUUACAAUUCCAGGCUAUGGAUCUGUCGAUGACGAGGAUCAGAGUCCGAGGAUCGAAUAACGGGACUACGCCACGGUUGGAGAAGUGCAUUGAAUUCAGUCACAAGCAUGGGAUUAAGCCGCAUGUCACGCAGUUCGAGCUGGACGACUUCUCGAAGAUGGUGGAGAUGAUGGAGAGCGGGAAGGCUACCGGGAGGCUGGGUGUGCUCUUCAAGUAG